AUGGAUUCCACAGAUUUUGAGAGGCAGGUGGCUCUGCAAAAGCGAGCUAUCCACGUCUUGAGCCCCUCUGACAACGAGUACCUGGGCUGUCGCGACGCCGAGGCGGAAUCCCUGGUCUGCAUUAUGGAACGAUGCGUGGAAGAUGCCGUGGGAGGCAGCGUAUUUGUCUUUGGGCUGAGUGGCACUGGGAAGACAACGACCGUCCAUCACGCUGUUAACCAGUUUAUGACAACUCACCCGAAAGUGCGCAAGAUAAGCGUGUCUGGCAACUCAUUCUCCUCCGCGUGGCAGUUUGUCUAUUUCGCUUACGACAAGCUCGCUCGCACGCCGGCAGCACAGAAGCGGAUGCUCGAAAAAACUCCGGUGACUGAGAGACGGCUGGAUUACAACCAACUGUACUCAAUGCUGCACGCCGCGUUCAAGACCGCUCCGGCCUACACCAUAUGCAUUAUGGACGAGGUGGACUACUUGAGCACGUACAUUUACCCGUCUAAGGCGACCGGGCGCUCGAAUUGGAUGCUUCAGGCCAUCAUAGCGGCCAGCCACGCCCCCGGCAGCCGUGUGCUCAUUAUCGCUAUUUCAAACAACCUCGAACUGGCUACGCUCAUCACCGAGAAGCAGUGUCGCGUGAUCAGGUUCAAGCCCUAUAAGGAGCAACAAAUCAUCGCAAUCAUCAAGGGUAAAUUGGCGAAGCUCGACGCACCCUAUACGUCCGUGAUCAACGACACGGCGAUUCUGCUUUUGGCGAGACGCGUGGCCAACACUUCAGGCGACAUUAGGGCGUGUCUGGACACAUUCACGCGGGCAAUAUCAAACUCUCUGUCUAACCUCGAGGAGGAGAUUGACAGGCUGACAUCAUCAUCAUUAACUGAUUACGCGACGUCUUCCGAGAAUUCUACACCGGAGCGGUUUUCAGAGGAAGCUUCGACCCCAAAGCGCUGUUACGGCGAUGAGAGCUCCGAGAACAUAAAACUCAGCAGCUACCAGGUGGGACACAAGGACGUUGGCUCCUUAACACCGACACUAUCACUGAGCAAGACGUCCCUCUUAACAAUGAAGGUCAAGCCUCUACCGUUGAUGCAGCUGCUGGCACUGCUGUCAGUGUGCAAAUCGGCGCUCGACGAGGAAGCAGUUGUUCUCUCCUUCCGCAGCAUCAAGCGAUCGUUGCUACACCUUGCGGACAUGUUGGUGAUGGACAAAGUCGACGUCGAAGACUUCUGCACCUCCAAAUUUAGUGACGCAAUAGACAUAUUCAUGGAGCUUGGGAUAUUGAAGAAACCGUCUAAUAUUGAGACCACGGAUGCAGACGAGGCGCCGGGGGAUGAGCUCGUCUCCCUCUGCGUGGACGCCUCGACUCUUGUAAAAGUUGUUCUACCGAUAUCGCCGGCCUUUGUGGGCCUUGAUCUGGAGUUCCCGGUCGAUGAAUGCUCCACAUCACGGUACAGCAACAUUGCAAAGAGCUUCAACAUUCAGCCUCCUGCGAAGAAGUCUCGGCGAAAGCUGCGCUAA